AUGGGGCGUGUUAAUUUUUUAAAUGUCAUUGCGGCGAUUUAUUGUUUAACAUGGCAAAGUACAGUGUAUGGUGGUUAUGUCAAAUUGACCCACGAUGGACCAACUGUCCAAGGUGGAAUAAUAACUUUUCAAGCUGAUCUUUAUUUCAGUGACGGUACCAGACCGUCUGGUACCUUUGUUUACUUUUGGAGAGAUAACGCAGUGCCUCCGCAUACAUACGAGUCGCAAUCGUCAGAAAAUACGACAAGUAUUUGGAGAGUGCAAUAUCCAGCAGACCUAUAUCCAGUAGGAGAGUAUACUGUUGAAGUUAAAGUAGAGCGUAAAAUACUUAUCAUCUUCUGGCCAGAAAUUACCAGUCAGCAUAAAACAUUUGAAAUAACUCCUCUACUUAAUGGUAACUUGACAAUAGCACAGUCUAAUAACACAGCAACAAAUGAAUAUAUAUCAUCUGCUUCAGAGGCGGAAAUACUGAUUAAAUUACGUAAAGGUGACGCUGAUUAUAUCGAAGCAAAUGCUACUGCGAUAACGACAUACUGGUUUGUUGAUUGCAAAUAUUAUGGACAGACUAAUGAUUUUAGUUUUCGUUUCAACUUUACAAAACCCGAGACAGAGGCAUCAUUAGAAGCAUUGGUGGUAGCUUCGUAUGAUCCUCCUACAACUGUUGCUCCUACGACGAGCACAACAACAACAAAAACAACAACAACUACUACUACUACUACUACUACUACCUCAGCACCAUCAUCCAAUGGAACCAUUCCGUCAAAUAGUACCACUACGACUACUCCCAAAUCAAUCGUUACGACGACACUUAAGCCAACAGUAACAACUCCAAGCACGAACUCAUCAACGAAUGCUACUAUUGGCUUUAAAAAUAUUUCUUUACCGUAUGUUUGUGUAAAUACGUCUCUAGUUUCUCCGGAUCCCAAGAAAACAUACGGAUAUUUCCAAAGACAAAUAAAAGUGAGAGGUACUAAUUGGAUAAAGCCAUGGGAUCUUUUGUCUUUAAAUGUCACGUGUCAUGGAUCUGGUCCUUUUUAUAAAUGCCUUCAGUAUCAUCGUGGCAAUUACAAUAUUACUGGAAAUGAAACAUGCGAUAACGGCGAAAAGCUUAACUCGUGUAACUUUUCAAUUAGUCACUACUUCUUAGACCCUACUGUUUAUACAAUAUUGAUGAUACUUAAGAAUGAUGUCAGUGUGCAUGUUUAUCCGUUAACUAUUAACAUUUAUGAGGCAACGGCAAAGCCUCAAUUAUCUGUUAUCGUUGUACCGGUAUCCUGUACAUUAGCUGCUGUGGUAUUAAUAGUAUUUGGUAUUGCAUAUUAUCUUCAAAGUCGAGCACGAUUUACCGUUGAAGUUGCAGACUUUGAUUUCGGUCAAAGCAAUCCAGAAAUGGAGUAUAAGACAUUCACCGAGCGGCUACGUGAUUCGUUUAAUAGCACUGGAUACAAGCAGUUAGGUGAUCCAAAAACUAUUCAAAACUAA